CGACAAGGCGGUUGGGCCUAAUACUACGGAAAGUGAUUGUGCCCGUGAUUACCUGACCCGUCAUGGAGGGGGAGGAGGUUAUGGCGCCCCCGAUUGAUGACAACCCCAGAGCUAAAAAAAAGAGUUUGCCCAAGAGAAAGUCCUCGGUCAGCAGCCUUGUGGUGCCCGCCACCCCGGAGGGAGGCAGCUCAAGGAGACAUUCUCUCAGAAGAGGCAGUUCAUUCACCUUCCUGACCCCUGGGCCACAAUGGGACUUUACUCUGAAAAGAAAAUUAUCAGAAAAGGAUGAAGAUUUCUAUAAGCUAUGUUCUAUAUGUAUGAAAGAGCCAAGUAAUAAGCGAGUGCGACCUUUAGCGCGAGUAACCUCCUUAGCAAACCUAAUUUCCCCUUCGAGAAAUGGAGCAGUCAGACGUUUUGGGCAAACCAUCCAGUCGUUCACUAUGCGGACUGAAAACAAGUCUCCAAGCAGUACACAAAAGGCUUGCAGCAAGGUGGGAGCCCCUACCCCACCCAAAAGGAGAAACAGUGUCCUGUGGUCCGAGAUGUUAGAUAUCAAUAUGAAGGAAACUCUAAGCACCAAAGAAAUUAAACGGCAAGAGGCUAUUUUUGAAAUGACAAGAGGAGAGCAAGACCUUAUUGAAGAUCUCAAAUUGGCAAGAAAGGCCUAUCAUGACCCCAUGCUUAAGCUGUCUAUUAUGUCAGAGGAAGAACUUGCACAAAUAUUUGGCGAUUUGGAUGCCUAUAUUCCCUUGCAUGAAGAAUUUUUGACUAAACUUGGAGAUGCAACAAGAGCUGAUGGGACAGUUGGCCAAAUUGGUCAAAUACUUAUUAAUUGGUUACCAAGGCUUAAUGCUUACAAAGGGUACUGCAGCAACCAGCUGGCUGCAAAAGCGCUUCUUGAUCAAAAGAAACUUGACCGUAGGGUUCAGGAUUUCCUUCAACGGUGUCUUGAAUCUCCCUUCAGCCGUAAGCUAGACUUGUGGAGCUUCCUUGACAUUCCCAGAAGCCGACUUGUUAAAUAUCCACUGCUGUUGAAAGAAAUCCUUCGUCACACCCCUAAGGACCAUCCAGAUGUUCAGAGUCUGGAAGAAGCUUUAUGCCUAAUUCAAGGAGUGCUUGCUGACAUCAACUUGAAAAAAGGCGAGUCUGAGUGCCAGUAUUACAUAGACAAGCUGGAGUACCUUGACGAUAAACAGAGAGACCCUCGCAUUGAGUCCAGCAAGGUGCUGCUAUGUCAUGGCGAGCUGAAGAAUAAGAAUGGACAUAAGCUCUAUCUCUUCCUUUUUCAAGACAUCCUUGUUUUAACGCGGCCAGUUACACGGAACGAGCGCCACUAUUACCAAGUGUACCGGCAGCCCAUGCCUGUCCAGGAGUUGGUUUUAGAGGAUCUCCAAGACGGUGAUGUGAGGAUGGGCGGCUCAUUCAGAGGGGCAUUCAGUAAUUCCGACAAAGCUAAAAAUAUCUUCAGGGUCCGUCUUCGUGAUGUUUGUCCAGGCCAGAGCCACACUCUCCAAGCCAAUGACGUGUUCCACAAGCAGCAGUGGCUUAACUGUAUUAGAUCAGCCAUAGCUCCUUACCAGCAAGCGUCUCCAACAGAAGUGAAGGAACUUCCGGAUCUCAGCGAAGAAUGUGAAGAGAACCAACCACCAGUUCAAAACACCAAAGCACAGCGAAGGUCGUCCACCAUAUCCGGCAUUGUUGAGAUGGACCUUGAGGAAAAUGUGCACAGUCCUGUUUCAGACACAGCAGACGUUACCAAGAGUACAAAAACACAAAAAGCACAGACUGGGAGCUGGAAAAGCAGAGAAAAGACACAUAGCGUCAAGCGGAAAGAGACCUUGGUUUAAUUUGCAAUCUGACUCUUGGAUGGACUUGUUAUUUAUAAAUUUGUACAUUUUGUCUUCAUGCAAUGUGAGCAUGCUGGGAUUAUUUCACUGAUCCUACUGUGUUUGUUACCCCUUUUCAGUGGCAGCUACUGGUAUUCAGUUAACACUGUUAAAACUGGAGUCUGUUUUUAUUCUUUUUUAUUUUUAUAAUUGGUAAAAGCAGAAUUAAUAAAAUGUAUAUACUGUAGUUCAUUGACCUUUUAAAGGUGCUUUCUGCCAAUGGUGAAGUGUCAUAUUACAGCACUUUUGUGGGCUAUAAUGUACAGCGAGGGUUGUUAAUACCGUGUAUUUUUUUAAAGGGUUUAUCCAAUCCGUACCCCUCUCAGCACUUCAACCCUUUGGCUGCCAGCAAUGGCUGCAACAAAAAGCUCCGCUAUCUCUGCCAGCCAGGGGUUAAAUCAAUAAUCUGAGCCAAUAAUUUGUUCUUUUGCAGAACACUCUAGCCAUGUGUUUGUUUUAGUUCUAAAAAUCUGGAGCAACACUAAAAAAAACAGACUUUAGUAUGUUAACAGGUUUUCAACUUUACCUACUGGAAAUGUUUGUCUUUAUUUGUAAACUGUACAUUCCUCCUUUAUAUUUGUAUUCUGACAAGUAUUUAAUUUUUUUUAAGUAGAAUAGAGGGUUUUUUAUUUUUAAUUCAUAUUAUUGUAUUUGAGACUUUUUUUUCAAGAUGGCUAUUCAUUUCCCAGACUAGUACGUUUUCCAAGUUUCUAUGCAAGAUUGAACAAAAGAAAUAUUAAUGGGGAACUUGUAUAAAGAAACCUUUUCCACUAUGCACAUUGUGUGCUUUAGUUUUCUAAGAUUAAGUCGGCUCUUUAGAAGGAUUAAGUAAGUCAUAUAUUAGGUUGAUCUGUUCUGCGUAAUGGUUUUAUUUUAUAAAGAUAGGCCUAUUCAUGGCACCAAGGAAAUGAGUUAGAAGGAUUUAGCAUGUUGUAGAAAGUCAGUGGGCAAGUUGCAAAUAUUUUAGAAUUUAGAACAGAUGAAGAAUCUACUAACUAACUAAUGAAAGCAAAUUGGGUUUUGCUAAAUUUUAAGUAUUUGGAUUGAUUAAAGAGAGAGAGAGAUAGAAAAAAAAGAUAAGUAAUGAGAUAAAAAGGAAAUUUUGUAGUUUUCUGCUUUUGAAUGAUACAAUCAGUGUUUUAAAAAAGAAUCCCAUGUCCACCCCAAUCUCUUUACUGUAUUUUGCUUAUACUGUAAAAUUUGUUAUGUAUCUUGGAUUUGGUUACGUACCAGCAGGAACUCAGAUAUUGUAUAUAAAUGAAAUGUUUUGGAGUUUUUUUCUGUAAAUGUAUUUGUACAGCUAUAAGUCUUCAAAUACAAUAAAAAAAACUUGACAUUCUAUGCAAGAAUCAUUCUGUCCCCUGUAACUGUUUUUAGUACCACCUUGUUUAUAAAAAUGUUCUUGAAUAGUCAAACAAGACACCUUUAACUAUCAGCAAGUGUGCAUGAUUAGAUACUCAGUAGUAGGUUGUUUCCUGCAUGCUUUGAUUUAUUUAUUAUCUAGGAUUGCAAGGGUUAAAUGCUCUAUGCUUUCCCAAAUCCUUUUUUCUAAUGGGGCAGAAUCCUAAAUGAAUUGGCCAGAUGAAAUAAGUGGUCUGCUUGAUAGGAUGUAGUAAAUCAUGGUGACAACAGAUCUUACUAUUUCCAUAGCAGAUUGUAAUAAUAAAAAAAAAAGUUGUUAGCUCUGGACUAACUCAUACUCAAACAGUAAAAUAUCAGAAAUUAUCCUUACAGGUUAUUAUCCAAACUGUAUUUCAUAAAUAUAUGGUAAGCUAGUGGGGUUUUCUUUUAAACGAGUAUAAACAUUCUACAAUGCGUCAUAAUUUAGGGCUAUGUAAAAAAUAAUUUGUUGCCACACAGGCCAGUAUAUUUUGUACAUACAUUAUGGUAAUCCAUAACAUAUAUAUAUAUAUUGAUGAGUGAAAUACCUGCUGUGAUAUGGGGAGCAUUACACAAUAGGUUUGAUGGGUGGAGUCUUAAAUUGCCAAAGCUCUAAGUUGACUGUCCUGUUUGUGGACACAGCAAAUGAAUGGAUGUUUAAUUUGUGUUGGAUAUAUCUUUGAAUUGAUUGAACUCUUUGGACUUUCUUUUUUGACAUCCACAAGGAACACAUCCUAUUGGAUGUUCCCACAGGCGUCUAACCUUACUGGUAUUGCACGUUUAGUUGGUUGUUUUGUUUCUGAAUGGAUUUUACAACAAUAUGCUAAUAUUUGUAUGUCACUUGCAUUUUUGUUUUGUUUUGUUAAAAAAGCUCUGUGAACUAUUUUCUCUAAGAUUAAAUAUUAUUUAAUCGGC